GAGAGUAUCCUCGUGAGUUGCGAUUGUUCGAGAUCCCCGAUUUUGUUUGCCCAUCAACGGACUCCCGGGAAAUCAUGGAUGACGAGCAGGUAUUGGAAGCUGGCAACUGGAUGAUGAAAUUCUUCGUGGACUACAUGAAUGGUAUCCGCAACCGGGAUGUUCUCCCGAGUGUCAGGCCUGGCUACCUCCGAGAAAGGCUCCCGGAUUCCGCCCCGGAGGAUCCCGAAGACUGGAAAACUGUUUUUGAAGACAUCGAGAAACACAUCAUGCCUGGCAUCACUCAUUGGCAAUCACCGAAUUUCUACGCCUAUUUCCCUUCCGGCCAGAGUCCUCCAUCAGUCUUGGCCGACAUUCUCUCGUCCUCGAUCGCAUGUGUCGGCUUCACGUGGAUCGCGAGUCCUGCGUGCACUGAGCUGGAGAUGGUCACACUGGAUUGGUUGGCGAAGAUGCUGAACUUGCCAGACCAAUUCCUCUUCAGCAGCGGUCGCGGUGGAGGUGGCGUGAUUCAAGGAACCGCUUCAGAGUCAACCCACAUGGCCCUACUCGCCGCCAAAGCGAAGUGUACCGCACUUCUGCUAUCGAGGAACCCUCACUGGAAAGCCGGUGAUCUGAGGGAUCGACUCGUCGUCUACGCUUCUGAACAGGCCCAUUCCUCUGUCGAGAGGGCGGCCCUCCUGGCCUGCGUACGAUGUCAUUUGGUAUCUGUGAACAAGACCACAUUGGGAAUGGAAGAAUCUACGUUGGCCAAAGUGAUUGCCGAAGAUCGACAACUGGGUUUCAUCCCGAUGGCCGUGGUUGUGACACUGGGCACAACGAACACAUGUGCCUUCGAUGAGUUGGACCGUAUUGGGCCGCUCUGUGAGAAGGAGAACCUAUGGUUGCACAUCGACGCCGCCUAUGCUGGGUCAGCGUUCAUCUGCCCUGAGUUUCGGCCGAGACUUGAUGGUGUCGAGUAUGCGAGCUCUUUCAAUUUCAAUCCUCAUAAGUGGAUGCUCGUCAAUUUCGAUUGUUCUACACUGUGGAUACAAAACCGAGUAGAUUUGGAGAACGCCUUCAAAGUCGACCCUCUCUACCUCAAACACGAGUUCCAGGGAGGCGAAAUGCCUGACUACAGGCACUGGCACGUCCCGCUUGGACGUCGAUUCCGAUCGCUUAAACUAUGGUUCGUUCUCCGAAUGUAUGGCGUCAAGGGCAUCCAAGAGUACGUGCGCAAAUGUGUAGCCCUAGCGAAGGAGUUUGAGGACAUCUUACUACAAGACGAUAGGUUCGAAAUCGUUGCUCCUACAACUCUCGGUCUAGUUUGCUUCCGCUACAAGGGUACGAACAAGCAAAACGAGCUUCUUCUGGCUAAGAUACACGAGAAUAAAAAGGUGUUCAUGUCGCCAUGCAGAGUUGCCGACAGAUACAUUCUCCGUCUGGCGGUCUGCGGUCGCCUCACUGAAACGUCUGAUAUUCUCUUCGCAUGGAACGAAAUCGUAGCUGGACUGGAGGCGAUGCUGGCGGAUGCCAAGGAUUUCGGCGUCGACGAGGAGCAGCAACUGGACGAAGGCUCUCUUGAUAACGCCGCGUGGGCCGAGAAACACUGCCUUGUCAAGCGUCUGCCCCUGCCGGGCGACAAACCUAAUGAGUUCAGACCCAUCCUGCGUCCCCAAGGAAUCAUUCACAAGUCCUGCACACAAUUACGCGACUGGCUCGCCGGACACAGAAGUCCCGGAUCUGCCAGGAAGGGAUUGAAAGGAAUUGUACCUCUCAACGACCCGAAUGAUGGAUUUGGAGACGUUGGACCGCCCUUCACGUGUGGAGCGGGAGCGUUCAACAACCACGAGACAGCUGAGGACCGACAUCCGGGACAUCGAGAACAGACCGUGAUCGCCAGCAUCGGAGACAAGCCUCUGCCUCGGAAGGGAACGUUCGGCAUCACUUCGGAAGAUCCUGAGACGAACACUGCAUCCAUCGGAGAGAAGGAAGAUGAAAACCUAGAUCGGAGAAAGAUCCGCUUCGAAGAUCCUCAGAAGGUUGACAGCGAGGAAGGAGCCGAGCCAACCAAUGGUUCGGAGCAAGAGGAACCGUCGCGGGCUCGAGACAGGAUUGCCGAAAAAUCGAGUCGAGAAUUCCGCCUGAGGUUCGGAUUGAAGCGUUCCAAGCCGCAAGUUGAAGCUGCUCAUAUGCCCUCAGACGGCCAAGACGAGAGAGAGCUCGAGUCUCAAACGACACCAUCUGGGGACAAGUCGAGCCCGAAGAAGACGCGCUUCUCAUUCCCGAAAAUCGGUUUCAACCGCUCUUCGAAUCAGAAGACCGCUGUCGACAAUCCGGGUGCGAAUGAGGAGCCUGGUGUAGAUUCCCAUGCGGAGAAAGUUCCCGAUGCUCCCGAAGACCUCAAAGAUGCGUCGGAAGUGGAAGCAGGAGAGGCUGGAGUCGUCGAGGAAAAAGACACAGCGCGCAAGUUCACGUUUCUGAAACGAUUGAGAGAGCCCAGACCAGUGGCUCAAGAGAAAAUUCCAGAGGAAGCUGAUGAGGGAAAGAAUGAAGUGACGCAUGCAGAAGACACUGAAAUAGAGGCGGUGACGACCGAGCGAGAAAAGCAGCCGCCGAGCGCCAGCUGGUGGAGGUCUCGGAACUCAAACAAACGAGAGAAAACAACAGAAAAAUCCGCACCGGAACCCGUCGCGACUAUUACUAAUGAGGAGACAAGCGAUAUCACUCCAACCGUUCAGGAAGCACUCGAAACCGAGCCGGAAACGGCCCCACCGUCGACGAAACUCGGCGGGAAUCCCUCGCGUAGAUUCCAGUUCUCUCAGAGAUUCCAGAGACUUACCGAAAGUCGAACGAAGACUACCGAACAAACCGAGCUUGCGACCGCGCCGCCGGCGGAUCCGAUGCCGACCGAGAAACUCCCGAUUGACCGGAGUCAGGAGGCGCAGAAAUGCUUGACGCUGGAGGUUGAACCCGAAGACAGAGUCGAAGCCGCGAUCGUCGAAAAAUUUGCCAAGGACGAAGACGUCUUCGUUUCGAGACUGUUCAUCGACAGACAUUUCGCCCAGAGAAAAAACGCCCCUCCUCCUGCGAGACCCCCUUCAUCGUCACCGGCUUUUGUACACAGAUCUCUAGCACCUAAGCCCGGGGCUACCGGCGAAAUUUACAACUCUUGUCUGGGUAAGCUGGGUAGAACCUGCCAGGGCUUGCUCGGAGGUUUGUGUCUAUUCUUCCUCAUCCUACUCCUCGCGGCUGACGGUGCCGGAGUGAAAAAUCUCUUCGUGAACAGUGGGGGACAAGGUCAGCUGCUUCAAAUGCUAAUCUACCUCCUGGUCAUAGUCAGCGUCAUCACAUCUUUUGAAGGAAUGAAUUAUCAACAAAUCAUCGCGGAGAGGAGGCUGAAUCGAUUUUGUAUCACGUCGGUCAUAUAUCCCGCCAUGCUCAUAUUGGGAUUGACCGUGAUGAAGCUCGACAACAGUAUCGCACUUGAGCGCGGACUGACUGAACACGAUUGGCUCAAGUGGAAGACUGUGAAUACAUUGCGGUGCUGUCUCGGUAUCGGCGCAUGGAUGAUACUCUGCUUUUAG